UAUGUUUUAGUGGCCACUAUAAACAUAUUACAAAGUAGAUACAUUUUGGUUAGUAGUACUAGGGUUUUAGGGGUUUUGAAGAAGGAACCAACACACGCUAUUGCUCAUUUCAAUUCAACCCAUUUCAAUCCAAUGGCAUCUUCACUCUGUAGAAGAAUUUACCGCACCAUUAUUUCUGUAAACCCUAAUUCUAAUUUUAAUCAUCAAUCCCUGCUAAUUUCCCUCCGCAAUUUCACAACCGAAACCUCAUCAUCAUCAGACUCUGCAUCCGGGUCCGAUUCCGAACCGGAUUCCACUAUCAACCCGGAACCCGAAUCGGAUCCAUUUCCCCAAUCCCCAGAUUCCGAUUCCCGCCAGAGAAACCCCACUGACCGCCCCUUGGAAAACGGUCUGGAUGUUGGCAUUUACAGGGCGAUCUUGGUUGGGAAGGUGGGUCAAAAUCCUAUAGAGAAGAAGCUGCGGAGCGGGAGGACAGUGACAAUGGUGUCAAUAGGGACGGGAGGAAUGAGGAACAACAGAAGGCCAUUACAGAAUGAGGAGCCAAGGGAUUUUGCGAAUCGGAGUGUGGUUCAGUGGCAUCGUGUUUCGAUUUACCCUGAGAGAUUGGGUGCGCUUGUUGCCAAGAAUGCCAUUCCCGGUUCAAUAUUGUAUUUGGAGGGGAAUCUGGAGACGAAGAUGUUCAAUGAUCCGAUAACAGGUCUAACUAGGCGUGUAAGAGAGAUUGCCAUACGCCGAGAUGGCCGUGUUGUGUUUCUUGAAAAGGGAAGUGACAAAGAACCCCAUCAAGCCGAACUCAAAGGGGUUGGUUAUUACUGAAGGGGUAGAGGGCUAACUAUUAAGUUUGUGUUUACUAGUUUAUUAAGAAAAAAUUCAGGUUAGGAUUACCAUUUUCAGUUUGUCCCUCCGGUGGUGUGCUGAGGGGCGGUGGGCAAUUAUGUGAUAAUGUCCAUGAAUUAUGCUUACUUUUAUGCACAUCUUGUUCCAUGACAUUUUGAAUCAUAAAGCAAAGUGUUUGGGAGGAA